AUGUCGGCACUCUCUUAUAUCAAAACCCUUCCCGAUAUUAAAUUGAUACAUUCCUUCGGUACUCAAAAACAUGUUAGUUUUCAUGAGAGCAAUCGGAUUAUUGGAGAGAAAUCCAUUAAUUGUCCCGAGGAAAUGAGCGAGCUAGCUAUGCAUAAGAUGACGAGGAAUGAGGAUACCUAUUUUGAGCGGUCUUAUAGGUCUGGAUAUUUUCACGUUUACAAGUUGAAUUUUGAGAAGCAAACAGAGGUUGGUGUUGAUUUAGAUGGCACGGCUUUGUUUGUGGGUAACAAUGAGUGA